AUGGGGUUCUGUUUUGAAAAUGGUCAAGUUCUGUUUGGCUGUGUCUCCUCAUUUGCCUUCCUACCUUCCCUGGUGAUCCUGCCACACUACUUCCAGCAGUCUUUUCUCCCUAACCCUGCCCACCCUUCUGGACGAGGUAGGGGCACUGCUGGGCCUCAGCGCCACCUUCCAGAUCCUCAGUGCCCUCAUGUUCAUCCAGGCAGCUCUGUCACUCCUUUACCACACGAAUCCUACCACUAACACACACAGACCAGGAGGUAGUGCAACCAUGGGGUGUUUCACCUCCCUAAUUACAGAGUGUGGGCUUUUGGGGUGGUUACGGCUAUGCUGGGCAACUUUGUGCCCCUACGUUUACCAGUUGUCUAAAUAUUUGUUGAUCUUUCUGACUUACGCCGGGAUUCAAUCUAAGGCAUGUUUUAGCAAGCUUGACAUUUAAAACUAAUUUUCUAUUGUUCUGACAUCUGCCGCGUUUAAAUAUUUGUGAUCUUUAGGCGGGGAUUCAAUCUGCAGCAUUUAACGUGAAUGCGAACAUGGGAACAUUGCCUUUUUGAAUCCAGGCCAUACCGUUGUUAACAUUGAUCGUUCUACAAAAGCUGGCCGUUGAUUCAGUGUAUCCUAUUCAUGUCUCUUGUCAGAUUAGUUUUGUGGAGGAGCAGUUUGUUGAGACCCCAGUGAAGGAGUGGGUCCUGCUGGUGUGCAUCGGGGUGUUCUCUGACAUAGUCCACCUGCUGUUUGGCAGGGUGGGAGAUCUGCUCCAAGGG